CGUGACAUGCCACGUCACAGCGCUUCCGGGUCCCCAGGAGGUUCACUGGGACUGAACCGUCGGAUCUCCUCGGCACACACACACACACACACACACACCGAGUGUUUAAAGCGACUCGAGGAGGAUCAGUUCCUCUGCCGGAAUGCGGGUGCUGAUCGGCGGAGGGUCUGGGUUUAUUGGCCGUGAACUCAUCAGACUCCUGAAGGUUAAAGGUCAUGAGGUCACGGUCAUAUCACGGCACCCUGGUGUGGGUCGGAUCACCUGGGCUGAUCUGGAGUCAGCUGGUCUCCCUGUGUGUGACGCUGUGGUGAAUCUCGCUGGAGAAAACAUCUUAAACCCACUGAGACGAUGGAGUGAAAGUUACAGAGCUGAUGUGUUUAACAGUCGAAUAAACACCACCAGGAGCUUAACACACUGUAUCACCUCCUCACACACUCCUCCUCAGUCCUGGGUCCUGAUCACCGGCCUCGCAUGUUACAGACCAAAUGGAGAGACUCAGUACACAGAGGACAGUGAGUGGACGACCUUUGACCUUUGGUCUCAGUUGGUGAAGGAGUGGGAGGAAGUGGGACGACUUCCAGGAAACGCCACAGAAAACACCAGACAGGUCGUCAUCAGAUCAGGAGUGGUCCUGGGUCGCGGGGGUGGGGCCAUACAGCAGAUGCUCCCUCCGUUCUGGCUGGGUUUAGGAGGAACUUUGGGUUCGGGGUCGCAGCCCUUUCCUUGGAUCCACGUGUCAGAUUUAGCCGGGAUCAUCGCUCACUCUCUCGAUCCGUCCUGCGUCCCAGCGUCCCCUCGGCCGGCGGUGUUUAAUGGAGUCGCUCCGGCUCUGAACACCAACCUCGAGUUCACGUGGGAGCUGGGCCGAGCCUUGAGACGCCCCACGCCGCUUCCCGUCCCUGAGUUCCUCCUGAGAGCCGCCCUGGGCCCAGAGAGGGCCGCGAUCCUGACCCAGGGUGCGAGGGUCGUCCCGCGGAGAGCGCUGGAGUCGGGAUUUCGGUUCCAGUAUCCGGAUCUAACCUCGGCGCUGCGGCAGAUUCUCUCACGCUCGCCGUAAAUACGUGACCUGUUUCUGCUUUCUGAAUCGCUAACAUGUUAGCAUGUUGACUUGAUUGUUAAACAAGUUGUUUGCUAAUAUGCUAGCAGAGUGUAUGAUGUAGCAGGUGUGUGUACUCCACUGGAACGAGAUCUGGUUAUGUUAGCUCGCUAACGUGUGAAUAAAGUAAACAAGCAUCA